AUGAUGCUCCGCUUCCUUUUGCUCACCCUUGCGGCCGGACUCCGCUUGAACAACGACCCGGCGUGGCCGUGGGAAGAGCACCCAGCGAGCACGGCCGAGGAGCUUCAAGAGCUCCUGAGAAGGGUGCUUACGGAGGCCGGCGCAGUUGAGCCCCUUCCAAAGCCCGGCAGGGCGGAGGCACAGGAGGUGGAGCUCAGAAAGGUGGUUGCCGACAUGCAAAAGCCCAAGGAUCUGCUUGCCAACAUCAUCCACGCGAUCUCGCAGAGUAGCAGCACAAAGCGGUGCCAUCGGCAGCUAGAGCAGCUGAUGCACAACCUCACGCUUACGUGCGAAGGCUUGCAGCCGAAAGCCGACUGGCUUCUCGACUACUAUGUCCCGGCCCUCUCGAACAAGACCUGCACGGAGAGCGUCAGCGACAUCUUUGCUUCGGGAGACGAGCUCGUCCCGAUCCUCCGCGUCUCCAGAGACGCAGUGGCUUCCUUGGAUGUGUCCGACGAGACGCUCCGUCGGUAUCAGGCGCUCUCCUUUUUGAGGAACUGGCUUGUGAACCUCACCCGCACUCAUCAUCAUGCGCUGGUUUGGGCCGGCUUCUGGGAUGGGGACCUGCAGCAGCGCACGACGAAAUCGAAGCUUUCCAGCUUUGCCAAGUCAAUAGAGCACGCGACCAUGCACCCAGACAGCUUCCUCGGCCAAGUCAUCGAGGCGAGCCAGGACCUCGACGCUUGCUACGAGGACACCCAGACCAGUGCGCUUGCGGGAAAUAUGUGGUCCAUCGCGAGCAUGAGCUUCGUGCUGGGGAUGCGCGAGAAAGCGCAAGGAACCGUCAUCGCAUUGGUCAACAAGAAGAUUACAGGGGAGCGCAACUUGUCCCAGUCCGUGCUGUCCACCCAUGAAAUCCCCACAGUGGGGCUCGCAGCCUGGGGGCUCGGGUUCUGGUCUCCGAAGGUGAUCAUCGUGGACCUCAUGGGCACCUGCAACCAGACAAGCCCGGCUCUGCAGAAGCAGCUUUUUGUGCGCUUGCCCGCUUGGGCCAAGUCAAUGAAGCACUGGAGCGCAGAAGCCUUUGCGAGGAGGUCGCGGAUGCAGUGGCAGUGCAUCGACUGCUCGGGCGCUUGCAGCCUCGACGAUGCCUUGGCAGAGCAUGUGGAGAAGCUGGUCAAGGCAGGGGCUAAGCAGGGAAUUCCGGAGCUCGACCCAACGGCGAGGCAACUGCGGGUGGAGCAACUGCUCCAUCAGAAUGCUGAUCCAAACGCUCCGGACUGGCUCGGCUACACAGCCCUCAUCUACGCGGCAUACGAAGGACACCAGGAGGUGGUCCAGCCAUUGCUGACUGCCGGUGCGCAGCUGGAAGCCCGUGAUGAGGGCGGCAACACAGCCCUCAUUCGUGCUGCCGGCAGAAACCAUCUGCAGGUGGUUGAGGCGUUGCUCCAAGCUGGAGCCCAGCUGGAAGCCAGCAGUGCAGAUGGCUUCACAGCCCUCAUCUUUGCUGCAAGCAACGGCCACUUGAAGCUGGAGGCCCGUAGUGCGCAAGGCGGCACAGCCCUCAUCAGUGCUGCCCGCAGGGGCCACUUGAAUGUGGUCGAGACAUUGCUCAAGUCUGGAGCCCAGCUCGAUGCCCGCGAUGUUUAUGGCAGCACAGCCCUCAUCUAUGCUGCAAGGCAAGGCCAUUUGAAGGUGGUCGAAGCGUUGGCGCAGGCUGGAGCCCAGCUGGAGGGCCACGACGUGUUACGCGGCACGGCCCUCAUCUAUGCUGCAAAGCAAGGCCACUUGAACGUGGUCGAGGCAUUGCUGAAGGCUGGAGCCCAGCUGGAAGCCUACAAGGAGUAUGGCACAGCCCUCAUCCAUGCUGCAUCGAAAGGCCGGCUGAGCGUGGUCGAGGCGUUGCUGAAGGCUGGAGCCAAGCAUGGCUUUCCUCAGGCUCGUGCUCUUGCUGCAGAGAAAGGCUACUUGAAUGUGGUCAACGCAUUGAAAAGGGCCGCAGCCGGUGCGCAAUCGGAGGCUCGCGAUUCGGAUGGCAAGACUUCCUUCAACUCUGCAAAUCAAGGACACCUGCAGAUGUAG